GCUGCCCGAGGUGCAGGAGGCGGGCUUUCAGGCGGCCGUGCGCGCUCUGCAGUGGCACCAGUCCGGUUGCGAGCCUCUCCAGGCCCGCCCCUCGCCCGGCCCGCCUCCGAGUCACCGCGAUGGCUGCCUUCCUUCUGUUCCGGCAAGGACGAGCCAGGGCGCUGAAGACUAUGCUCCUCAAAGGACAAGUGUUUCCAGGACUUGGUCCUGCAGCUUCUCUCUCCGCAGAAUCCGGAAAGAGUGACAAAGGACUGCCACUGAAUUCCAAGAAGCAAAGCACACCAAAAAAUGUAGUGGACCCAAAGGAGAGGGGCAAGCUACUAACAACCCCAGCAGCAGCCGAAUUGUCUAGAAACCUAACUUCACCCAGGUCUUCCUCGUCAGCUGGGACUCGAGGCGGGACGGUAGCGGGCCCUCGCCCCGGUGACGACGUGCUGCUCACAGCCAAAGGGGCUCAAGAGGUUCUGUCGACAAAGACCUGGGUAGCGCCUCCCCAGAAAGGCCCGUCCGCGCUCAGAAGCCAGGGCCCCCGCGCAGCGGCCCCUCGGAGGAGCGGGGGAGUGGCGGGCGGUUCGUCGUCAUCUUCGUCUUCGUCCUCGUCCUCGUCCUCGUCCAGCUCCUCCGACUCAGGGUCUGACGAGGAGGGCGACGGCCCAGCGGCGGGUUUGCAAGGGAUGGGCAAAGGCGGAGGAGGGGUGCCCAGACCGGGGGCCUCCCUCUCCUUUGAAAACAGGGCCCCCGAGGUGUCGGCGUCAGCAAGGGAGACGGCCCGGGCGGCACAGCCACGUGGGGACCUCAGCUCUCCGGAGGGGCCCCGGCAGGCAAGGAAGAAAGGGGCCUCCGUGAAGCCUCCGAAGGUCGGAAAAGACGAGCCAAAACCCACAAUAUCCAGGUCACAAGUACAUAAAGAGUUUAUGAAGGCGAAAAAAACGCAGAACAUAUUCAGCUCAGAUACAAGAGAUAAAGAAAGCCAGAGGCCAUCUGAAGGGACAGAUGUCUCGUCCGACCCUACCAAAUCAGGGGCGUCUGCACAGCCGAGCGCGGGCCCAGCGCCCACGAGACCAAUGGCAGGCCCCGCCGUCGGAAGGCAGCUGCGGGCAGCUCCCCCCGAGACCCGAGGGAGACAGUUGGCAGAGUGGGGACCAGAGCCCACCGGGGCAGUGCCUUUUUCCCCAUUCAAAAAAGAAAACUUGGGGAGGCAGAUCAUAGAAGGAAUCUCAAAGGCAGACGAAGAGAUUCUGGAAGACCGGGGACCAAUAACAAAUUCAAAGCUAGUUCCUGUCCAGAACACAGCCAUGUCUGACGAGAAGACGGCAGAACUAAAGCUUGAGGCAAAGGGCGAAGUUGCUGAAGACGCAGCAACCCAGGCGGGAGGCCAGGACAACACACGGGAGCCCGUGCAGGCCGCCCCUGCCGCCGAGCCGUUCGACAACACCACCUACAAGAACCUGCAGCACCACGACUACACCCCGUUCACCUUCCUGGACCUGAACCUGGACCUCUCGAGAUUCAGGAUGCCCCAGCCCUCCUCCGGACGGGAGUCGCCUCGCCACUGAGAGCUCGGUUUGACGAUCGCGCUCACGUCGUCUGCUGCGUCCCGGGCCGAGAAAUAAAGUGCGCUCGAGUCCCCAGGCCUGGCGUGUCACUGCUCCCCUCGUACACCCUCGCAGGGGAGGGCGGGUUGGGGACCCGGCGCCGCUCGCUCGCUCGCUCAGCGCGUGUUCAGGAACGUCUGCGUGCAGGGAAUUCUCCCCUGAGGCCCACGGACACGUCCACAGGGUUAGGACACGUGGGUGCUUCCCGGCAGCGUAGCUCUGCGUGGAGCCCCUGGCCAGUCAGUGCCCAUCCGGGCCACCAGCUGGGCGCUGACAAGUGGGACGGCAGCCUCUGCUUUCACACCCAGCUCUUAAUCAACUAGCAGUGGGAGUUUGCUCGUUUUAAUUACUGCGUUGCAAAGAAAUAAAAUUACAGCAUUUUAGUAUCGGA